GGUGGGUUUACGGAUUAAACCCUUUUUACCUGACCAGUUGCGUGAAAGUGGCACCAGAAUUUUGCUCGUCAACGAAAGGAAGCUCUUAACGAGAUUUAUUAUAAACUACUGAUGGAUGAACUUCAAGAGUCCGCCCUCGGGACUCAAGAAUAUUGGGAUAAUCGCUACAAAGAAGAAAUAGCCAAUUUUGAAGAUCACGGAGAUCCUGGUGAGAUCUGGUUCGGCGAAGACACCGUCGAACGCACUAUUGAAUGGAUCAAGAAACAAGAAUCCAUUUCGAAAAAUUCCAAAAUUCUGGAUAUAGGGUGUGGCAAUGGCAUGUUUUUAGUCGAAUUAUUCACACAAGGAUAUGUUAAUUCAUUUGGCAUGGACUACUCCGAAGACGCCAUCGAGCUGGCGAAAUCAAUAGCCCAAAAACGAAACUUCAAAAUAGAAUAUUCCGUGUGUAAUAUUUUAGAAGGGUUGGAGGGUCAGUUUGAUGUUAUUCAUGAUAAGGGGACUUACGACGCUAUUAGCUUGAAUGCUAACAUUAAAGAGCAUAGGGUAACAUAUUUAAAAAAUAUUUUCAAAGGUUUGACUGAUACAGGGCUUUUUAUCAUAACGUCAUGUAAUUGGACGAAGAACGAAUUGGUUGAACAGUUUACGGAUUAUUUUGAGUUAGUUAAUGAGAUACCGUCUCCACAGUUUAAAUUUGGGGGUCAAGUUGGCAAUACAGUUACCUCAGUUAUUUAUAGGAAACGAUAGUUAAAACUUAAAAAAUAAAAACUAAGUAAAGGCAUUUUCACUUUGAAUGCGGUUUAUUUCUUCAAAUUUAGUUAUACAGUUUUGUGUAAAACAUGAAAUAAUAUUAAAUAUGUUUUACGUUUUAUGGGACACGUGUUAUUCAAGGCGCUAAAGUGGGCAACUGAAGAAAUAACAGUUUCUUAUUAUAAAAACCCAGUGUAGAAAUUCUAAGAAUGUAUGUAUAAAGAAUGUGUAGUGAGAUUUUUUCUUAAGAUAUACUUACUAUUAUCUAUGCUAUUAUAGGCAGAUAAAUAUUGAUUAUAAUUGAUAUGAAAUUAGAUCCUAAAAACCCCAGAAACCAAGAUCACCAGAUAAAUAUAAAUUUCUAGCAGUAGGUGUCAUUUUCUAUGCCCUUAAAGUUCUUGAGUAGUGUCAUCAUCUUUUAUGAUUUAAAACAGUGUAACAAUAAUGUCAUUGUAUUAAAUGAGAAUAACCGUAUUUUUUAUUUAAUUUUAUUUUGGUUAACAAAGAUGUCAAAUGUUCUUUGCUUCUUUACUUAUUAUUAGAUCCAAUAAUCCAUUAUCGUUAAUUAUAUUUAUGGAAUUAGUACCGAUUAAAUUCAGUGAUUAUCAAUCACCCGCUACUGAGUCCCGGCAAUCCAGCGCGUCCCCACCUAUAAUCGUGACGUAGCCCGACAGAAAUCCGCUGUCUAGUAAUAUGAGAGGCAACUGAAAAUCGUUUAUGUAUAAACAUU